AUGUCACCUCUGGAAUGUUCUGAGUGUUUUGGUGACCAACUCCUACAUAGGACCUAUACCUGGCACCUAACAUUGAGGGGCACAGCUGAGCCUUUCCUGAGGCUCCACAAUUUGUACCCCACCCCACGCUGUGCCAGGCAGGCUGCCCUGCCCAGGCUGAGCCGCAGAGUGGUCAGCCAGCACUCCUACCCGCUGAAUCGCUUCUCCUCUGUGCCCUUGGACCCCAUGGAGCGCCCCACAUCCCAGGCAGACCUCGAGCUGGAUUACAACCCUCCUCGGGUGCAGCUCAGCGAUGAAAUGUUUGUCUUCCAGGAUGGGCGGUGGGUGAAUGAAAACUGCCGCCUCCAGUCCCCGUACUUCUCUCCAUCCUCCUCUUUCCACCAUAAGCUGCACCACAAGAGGCUGGCCAAGGAGUACCUGCUGCAGGAGGAGAACAAGGCCCUACGGGAGGAGAACAAGGCCCUGCGGGAGGAGAACAGGACCCUCCGGAAAGAGAACAAGAUCCUGCAGGUCUUCUGGGAGGAGCACAAGGCCACACUGGGCCAUGAUGAGAGCAGGGCAUCCUUGCCACUGCUGCACAAGGACAAUGUGGCCCUGGAGGUGGUGAAGAAGGACACAGCCUUGCAGAUGCACCGCAGCAAGGAGAACAGCACCCUUCAGCUCCUCAGGGAAGAGAACAGGGCCCUGCAGCAGCUGUUGGAGCAGAGGAAGGCCUACUGGGUGCAGACGGAGGAGAAGGUAGGCCCCGGGGAGGAAAACAAGACAGCCCCCUUGCCUCAUGAGGAGGCCCAUGUGCCUGGGCUGCUGCCAGACCAGAGCACAGGCCUCUCCUCGCCUUUUGAGGAGUCCAAGGGGCCGUCGACCCCCCAGGAGGACUCCAAGACACUCCGGGUCCUACGCCAGAUGGUCGGUAACCUGUCUGGGUCUUCUGGGGAUGAAGAGAUGAAAGCCAGUUCGGGCCUGCCGGAUGGAAGCCAAUCCUUGGAGCUACUGAGAGAGAUGAACCAGGUGCUACAGGCCCUGCGGGAGGAGAACCAGAAUCUGCAGAUCCUCCGGGAGGAGAACCGCCUCCUGCAGGAGGAGAACAGGGCCCUUCACGUGCUUCGCGAGAAGCACAGAAUCUUCCAGGAGGAGAACAAGGCCCUGUGGGAGAACAACAAGCUGAAGCUGCAGCAAAAGCUGGUCAUCGACACGGUGACUGAGGUCACUGCCCGAAUGGAGAUGCUCAUUGAGGAGCUCUAUGCCUUCAUGCCUGCCAAGAACAAGGACCCCAAGAAGCCCAGCAGAGUCUGAGGCCUCCAAGGAGCACUGGGCACGGAAACUCGGCCAAAGAA